AUGAGUCGUGCCACAGGCGAUGACAUCAGCCCAAGCAGCGAGAACGGUUUAGUUGACCCUAAUGUUCUUCAGAAACUACCUAAAGGCAGUCGCGUACUCAGCAUCGAAAGCCACGGCAUCAGCUUCUGGGGCUCCACCUAUCGGAUCGAUACCGAGGUCGCCGACGGGCGCCCUCAUUUCUUCUUCAUGAAGGUGCUCCCCGGCGGCGAGCGAGCCCGAGACAUGGUGCGCGGCGAAUUCGAGUCCAUGAAAGCGAUCUACGCCGUUACGCCAGACUUCGCGCCCAAGCCGCUCGACUGGGGGCCCCUGCAAUCUGACCCCGACCAGCACUUUUUCCUCUGCGAGUACCGCGACAUGAUCAGCGAGAUGCCGGAUCCCGACCGAUUCGCCGCUCGUCUGGCCGCCCUCCACAGCAGGAGCGUCUCCCCGACGGGUCGAUUUGGGUUCCACGUGGUCACGCACAAUGGCAACCUGCCGCAGAAGACGGACUGGGAGGACAGCUGGGAGGUGUUCUUCGCGAAGAGCCUGCGGCACGCGCUCGACCUGGAGAUCCAGGCCAAGGGCCCCGACCCGGAGCUCGAUCGCCUCGCGCCUGUGAUCUUCGAGCGGGUCAUCCCCCGUCUGCUGCGACCGUUGGAAAGUGAGGGUCGGUCGGUGAAGCCCGCGCUCGUGCACGGGGAUCUCUGGUACGCCAACUCCGGGGUGGAUGUGGAGACGAACCAGUCUCUGGUUUAUGACGCUUGCUGCUUCUAUGCGCAUAACGAAUAUGAGUUCGGUCAAUGGCGCCCGAUCUGCAAUCGGUUUGGAGAAGAGUACCUCGCUGCAUAUCGGUCCUAUAUCCAGGUUUCCGAGCCUGAAGAGGAUUACGAGGGACGUCUCGACCUGUAUAAGUUGUGA